AUGGAUAAGAAGAAAGGUUCACCUCCAUCGGACAAAAAGAAGUCAACGACGACAACAACAACAAAGACCACCAAGCACGAGGAGAAGAAAGAUGAAAAUAUUCUUGUCAAAGCUGCACAUUCGAUUCGAGACAAAGUACAUGGACUUACCGAUGAAGUCAAGGAUAAAGCGCACCAUUUAACACAUAGUGACGACUCAAAAAAAGAUAAAGAUCAUAAGAAAUCAGAUACGAAAUUAAAGGCAUCAUCGAAGAUACCCAAAUCGUCGGAUAAAGACAGUUCCGAUGACGAAAAAGACAAAGAUCCAACUGCACCACCGGGUUCUUCAGGUGAUAAGAAAAGUUCUACAGGUUUACCUUCUUCAGACAAGCCACCAGGUGACAAAGCAGCUGGUGAUGCUGCCGCUUCAUCGAAACUACCUCCCAGUAAGUCACCGGGAUUACCAUCUGGUGGUGAUACUGACGCAGCUACUAGUGCACCUCCACCUUCAAAUCCAGCUAGUAAAGCAACAGAACCACCAUCCGGUGGCGAUUCAAAACCUCCUGGCGAGAAGAAGGACGACACUCCAGCUGCAUCCUCAGGUGCACCUGGUAAUGCUGGUGCUAGUAAAUCUUCUGGUGAGCCCAGUAGUGAGCAGAAACCAGCACCUUCAGCUGGACCUGAUGCAGAAAAUAAAUCUCCCGCUGGAAGCAACUCAAAUGAUAAAGUUCACAUUUCUUUCGACGGUAUACAAACCGUCGAUGACUUACUCGAACGAAUAGACCAAGCUAUUGAAAGCGCACAAAUAAUUGUUGAUAAUGGUUCGAAAAAGGCUCAAGGCGAUAAACCCGCUAUUGGUGCUGCUAACGCUGAAGCUGAAAAGAAACCUGCAGAGGAUGAACCAAUUCGAGUUAAAUUCAAUGAAGUCCACAAUAUGGAAGAUCUUCUUGGUCUAGUUAAUAAUCAACCAGGCCAUCGAAAGGUUGUUCUCGAAGAUGCACCUGGUCAGUCCAAUACUGUUUCAAUCAAGAAGAAUAGUAUCCAAUCAGUUGAUGAUUCGAAAGAUAAAAACGCAACAACCACAGUAAAGAAAGAAGAAACUCCAUCAUCAGCAACGAAGACUACCGAGAAGAAGGAAGAAACACCAAACUCAGUAACGAAGACCACGGAGAAAAAAGAAGAAACGCCGACGUCAUCCUCAACAACGAAAAAGGAAGAAACACCUUCAUCAUCAACCAAAGUCGAGACAACUAGCACGCCAACAUCAUCAGAAACUACUGUCAAAACAACGGAUAAGUCUCCACAAUCGAAUGACGCAUCUUCGCCUGAAGGCGAUCAAAUCCACGUGAAUAUUGAGAAUAUUCGAAGUGUCGAUGAUCUUUUGGAUCGAGUCGAUGAAGCUGUUCAAAAGGUUCCUGUUAUUAUUGAUACAAAGCCACGACCUAAUCCAAAUUCAUCAAAACCCAAGGAAGACGAUCAAGCCGAUAAGAAAGACGAUUCCGACGCACUGAAAUUUCAAAAAAAAGAUACUGAAAUCAAACAAGACUCCGACGGAAAAACAAUACAUUUCAUUGUGAUGUCGAAACGUUUUUUCGAAGGUGCUCAACAUGCCGCUCGGUAUGCUGCAACUCGACCUUCAUAUCCACCAGUAUUCAUGAAGAAAAUCAUUGAUUUUCUCUCCAUAAAAUAUAAAGGUACCUUUGAUUAUGCAGCUGAUGUUGGUUGCGGCAGUGGACAAAGCACUGAACUUCUAUCACCAUACUUCAAAAAAGUCUAUGGGUAUGAUGUUAGUGAAAAUCAAGUCAGAGAAGCACGUGCAAAGAAUAAAAUAUCGAAUAUUGAAUACAAAGUCAGUUCAAAUAAUGCGAUUCCACAUGAAAAGCAAUCCCUUUGUUUAAUCACUGCAGCACAAGCAGCACAUUGGUUCGAUCUGAAACAAUUCUAUUCAGAAGUACAUCGAACGUUAAAACCUAUGGGUGUUUUAGCUGUGUAUGGUUACGCAUUACCAGAAGUUGCGAAUAAGCAGUAUUUACAUCUGAAUGACGUUAUUCAGCAAUUUUAUCAAAAAAUGAUCCCAUAUUUUCCACCAGAUCGUGCUCAGAUCGAUAAUCGGUAUGCCGAUAUAGUCCUCCCAUUUGAAGAAAAGAUUCGAGAUGAAAGUGCAAAAAUCGAAUAUGAAUGGAAUCUUGAUCGAUUCGUCGCUUAUGUCUCAUCAUGGUCAGGAUAUGUGAACUAUAUGCGAAAACAUCCUGAUCGAGAUGUUCUCAUCGACUUCCGUGAAGAAUUAGCCAAAGCGAUGAAAAGUGACGCUGAAACAGAAUUAUUAAAAAUCGAUUUUCCCAUAUUUGCUCUACUCGGUCGAAAAACAACGACAUAA